AUGUCAUCUUCUAGAUCUGAUCACUUGACGAUCGGCCACUUCGCCCAGGGCCAAGGGCGGACCCAAUCCCCCACCUCCAACACAUCUCCCGUCGACUCGGUCGGCAGUGCCAUCCGGUCGCCUUUCGGCUUGCCUCCUGGCCUAUCCUCAACGGCCAAGAUGUCUGGUGCCACGCGAUCCGGGGCUGGUUCUCCAUCGCACGAGAUGGGUGCUUCCAGCAGGCUGUUCUCGAAGCGAGCCCGUGAAAUCCAGGCUCAGGAGGGCAUAUCGGGAAUGCCUCUACACCCAUGGGGUGGUCCACCUACCAGCGGAAACUCGACGCCACUGCGCGAAAACAUCCCCGAGUCUCCUACAGACGGCUUCCCCGACUUUGCCCAGCUCCCCACUCCAGACAGUCUCCCGCAGACGCGCCGCGCUCGCGCGGGUACCGUCCCCUCUCGAUUUUCUCCUGGUGGCGCAGGCAAUGGUCUCUUGAACAUGCAGCAGAUGGCUUCCAAAUCCUCCAGGCCGACGCCCUCCCAGAGCCCCUUCAAGUCGCCUUCUCCGGGCCUCGAGCCCGCCGAUAGUGCUGCCACACACACAACCCUGCUCUCGCGCCUCCGUGCCGGCUCGAUGCCCCAACGCAGCCCCUUCGCCCACAUACCAGGCACGAACUCGCCCUUCGGUCCGUCGCUGUUCAGUAGCUGGAACCCCACCGGCCGUGAGAGGGCUUCGACUCUAGCAAGCAUCGCCAGCAUUGGAUCUAAUGGCCCAAGCUCGCCUGCGCAGUCAGCCUUCUCCAGGGAGGGAACUGCCGAGACUGACGUCCAUAUGCGGACUCUGGACUACCUGGGCCUUGCUGAAACACCGCAACAGACCCGGGCGACCCUUGCAGUCCCGUACCACCCGGCCUUGGCAGAGACCAAAUCUGCCAACCGGUUCCGGUCCUACUCGGUCAACAACAAGGACAAGUAUGCCGAUGAGGAUGAUGACGAUCAGUUUGACGUCGAUAGCAUGACGCUGGAGAGCCAGUAUGCCCACCUGCAAGACCAACUGGCCGCGACUAAUGCCGCGAUUCACAACCACAACCUUGCAGUUCAGGCUUUCGCCACUCAGGCGGCUGUCAACCGGCCGCGUGCGCGAACAGCCGGCGUGUUGGAUCUCCCUGGCUCGCGACUCAUACGUGGUUUCUACCCGACUCCGUCUCGCCUAGACAGCAGCAUCACAGCCGCAGACAUUCGGCUCCAGGAUGAGAAGGAGUACGACGAUCUCCCGCAAGCUGUCGCUGCCAUGUCGCUCGGCAGAUCCAACAGCCGCAACAAUGGGCUGUUGAGUGCUGAUGAGCAAGGACUGGAGGGUCCCACCAGUGCCCUGUGGCUCGGGAGCAUCCCGACCUCUACGACCACGUCGACUCUAACCGAGAUGUUCAAGUCGUACGGUCCCAUUUCGUCGGCAAGGGUCCUGACGCACAAGAGCUGUGGUUUCGUCAACUUUGAAAGAGUUGAUAGCGCUGUUGCCGCAAAGGCUGGCAUGAACGGCAAGGAGAUCUUCCCUGGCGCCGGUCCCAUCCGGAUCAACUUUGCCAAGCCUCCCUCGGCGUCCAACACCCCAGGUCACGACGGCGCAUUCCCGUCCCCCAGCCCUGAUCCUUUCAUGAAGGGCCAGGACAGCUCUCAAGCGACCGGCGCCAGUGCUGCCAGCACCGCACCGGCCCCCCAGGCAUCCAACGCCACUCCCCGGGUAGCCCCUUUGCAUGAGAUGACGGCAGACAUACUGAGCAUCGUCAAGCAAUUCGGAGCCACGGAUGAGGAAUCAUUCCGUAUCUCUCGCAACCUCCAGCAGUCUAUCGAUUUUAAGAACUUUAUAGACGAGAUCCCGCCGAUCAAGGAGCCCCUGCACACCCGCGUACACGAUGCCCCUAAGCUCCGCGACAUCCGCAAGAGGAUUGAUAAUCAGAGCCUCUCCCAAGCUGAAAUCGAGAACGUUGCUGUCGACAUGUUGCCGGAGAUUGCCGAGUUGGCUUCUGACUAUCUCGGCAACACGGUGGUGCAGAAGCUAUUCGAGCACUGCUCUGAUGAGCUGCGGGAUGCCAUGCUGACCGAGAUCGCACCUCAUAUGGCGGAGAUCGGUGUGCACAAGAACGGUACUUGGGCGGCGCAGAAGAUCAUUGACGUGUGCAAGACUCCUGCCCAGAUGAUGCAGAUCGUGGAGCAUCUUCGUCCUUACACCAUCCCCUUGUUCCUGGACCAGUACGGCAACUAUGUUCUACAGGGCUGCCUCAAAUUUGGGGCUCCGUACAACGACUUCAUCUUCGAGACUAUGCUUAGUAGAAUGUGGGAGAUAGCGCAGGGCCGUUACGGCGCCCGGGCUAUGCGCGCUUGCGUGGAGAGUCACCAUGCCACUAAGGAUCAGCAGAGGCUUCUCGCGGCAGCCAUCGCUCUACACAGCGUCCAGCUCGCCACCAAUGCCAAUGGCGCCCUCCUCCUGACUUGGUUCCUGGACACCUGCACGUUCCCCCAGCGCCGGACCGUGCUCUCGCCCCAGCUGGUGCCAUAUCUUGUCCACCUGUGUACGCACAAGGUUGCUUACCUGACUGUCCUGAAGGUUAUUAACCAGAAGGCCGAACCGGAGGCUCGAGACACGAUACUCAAGGCGCUGUUCUUCACUCAGAACGACCAGGUUCUGGAGGCGAUUCUGAGCGACCACUCGUGCGGCGCAACCUUGAUCUUCAAAGUUCUGACUACCCCGUUCUUCGACGAGAGCAUCCGUGGUCAAGUCGUCGAGAAUGUCAAGAACGUUUUGAUCCGCAUCAAGGCACAGCCGGGCCAGGGCUACAAGCGUCUCAUGGACGAAGUCGGCCUGUCGACCAGGAGCGGUGGCGGUGGUAGUGGUUCUCGCGACCACAGCUCGACCAACGAGCGUCAGCGACCUGCGUCGAGGCAAAACAACAUGAACUCACACCACCAUCACCACAACCAGCAGUCUCAGCAGGCUCAACAGCAGCAGCAACAGCAGCAGCAGCAGCAGGCUGCCCAGGCACAGUUCAGCAACAACAGCCAGUACUACAAUGCCAUGGCCCAGAACGCUGCGCCUUCCAACUACGACAUGGCCUACGGCAUGCCUCGAAGCGACAGUGUGGAGCCUGGUCUGCAGCAAUUCCCUCAGUAUGGCGCCCCUCAGACCUCGAUGUACGGCGCUGGCACCCCCACGAUGGCCUCUGUCAACGUCCAGCAGCUCCAGUACCAGCAGAACAUGAUGUCUCGGGGCACGCCGCCGAUGAACAACUUCUUCCCGCCAAUGCAGGCCGGCUUUGCCGCUGGGUUCAGCAGCCCGAGCCCUUCGGUCGACCAGUACCGCAACCCGGGCCUCUCCAACGGUAGCCCGAUCCCUGCUCCCGGCACGCAGAUGCCGGCGAUGCCCAAUGGCGCCCCAGGAUUCGCGGCCCCAGCUGCCGCCGCUUAUGGCAUGGGCAUGGGAGGCUAUGGGUAUGGUGGCAUGGCGGGUGGCGCGCAAAACAUGGCGUACAUGCAGGAGGGGGUCAACGCCAGACGUGGACGGAGAUGA